AUGGCGGGCACUCCCGAUGCCUCGAUGGAGGAAAUCCUCUGGCGGUCCCCGCCUCACGUUCAGAUGAUGGGAGGAUACCUUCACUCCAAUAACAUUCUUUUCUACUUUGCCGAGUCCCCAUUCUUUGACCCUACUUCGAAUAACGCCUCUCUUGCCAUUCAAGCCAACUACAAUGAAGCUUUCCGUCACUUUGUCGAGACGCGCGAGGCCUUUGAGGGCCGGUUGAAGACCAUGCAGGGCUUAGAAUUCGUGGUUUCAUAUGAUCCGAUUCAGGCUGCAGCGCAACCUGACGGUCGCUUUGCGCACGACCCGUCGAAUAUUUGGGUAAUUCGCAAGCAAAACAGGCGCAAGCGGGCCGGCCAAGAAGACGAGGUGGUGGUUCUCUCGACAUACUUUAUCGUAGGAGACUGCACUUACAUGGCCCCGUCAGUUGCGAGCGUAGUGGGAAAUCGCAUCCUGUCCGCAGUCACGUCUCUUACCAGUCUGCUGAAGACGGCAUCUACACUACCCACCUUCACACCCUCACACGGUCAUACCUACCUGCCACCCGCGCCCAAAAGUACAGACGCAAGCCAGCCCGGCGCGCAGUCACAGCAGAGCAAGGAGAACACGCCGUUGCCGGAGGACGCAGUUGGCAAAGCCCCGCUCGGCGGAUCACAGGUAGUCAGCGCGGGCUCGAGCCUGCAGGACACCCGGACACUCGUGGAGUCAUUCAGCCUGCUCUCACGGUAUGGUGACGAGUACAUGGACGAGCAUCCAUUGGUAGGAGAGCCUGGGUCGUUUAUCCUGUCCCGGGUCAACGACGCAGAUCGGGCCGCGGCAGCGAAACAGGCAGCCGGCGUGGGAACCGCAGCAGGGAAAGUUGGUACGCCGCAGGUCAAGGUCGACACGCCGGGCAAAUUAUCCGAGAAGGGGGCGACGCCGUCAGGGACGGACGAGAGCAAAUUGCGGAAGAAGAAAGGCAAGGUGGGAAGUUGA